AUGUCGCACCCUUCGGAUGGCCUCCCUCGCCCGACCCCUCAGCUCCCUGAGAGCAUGCUCGAGAUGCUCUCGAUGAAGGGCAAGGUCUCGAUCGUCACUGGCGGUUCCGGCGGAAUCGGUUUCGCGGCCGCAGAGGGUCUCGCAGAGAUGGGCGGAGACAUCGCGCUCGCGUACCGGUCGGCGGAGGGCAUGGACAAGCGCGCGGAGGACCUUGCGAAGAAGUUUGGCGUCAAGGUCAAGGCGUACAAAUGCGAUGUCGCCGACUACGACGAGGUCACCAAGCUUGUCAACGAUGUCAAGAGUGACUUUGGCCGUGUCGACGUCUUCAUUGCCAACGCUGGAAUGGGCGGAUCCGGCCGCAUCAAAGACCUCUCGCUCGAGCAAUGGCGCAAGAUCCAGGCCGUCAACUACGACUCGGUCUUCUACGCCAUGAAGGCGGUCGGACCCAUCUUCGAGGCGCAGGGCUCGGGCAGCUUCAUCGCGACUACCUCGAUCUCGGCACACAUCGUCAACGUUCCUCUCGACCAGUCCGCCUACAAUGCCUCGAAGGCUGCCGUCGUCCACCUCUGCAAGUCGGUCGCGCGCGACUGGCGCCUCUUCGCUCGCGUCAACACCAUCUCGCCUGGCUUCUUCGACACGGCCAUGGGCGCAGCUCCCGAAGUCGCCGACACCGUGUACCGCUACGCUGUCCUCGGUCGCCAGGGUGACCCCAAGGAGCUCAAGGGCGCCUUCUUGCUUCUCGCCAGUCAGGCAGGCUCGUUCAUCACCGGCUCGGAUUACCUCGUUGACGGCGGCUACACCCUCUCGUAA